AGCGUCGCUACACUUUGUGCCAAGCUUUCUGUAGGGGUAGUUUGAUUCGCCGCCAUGAUACGAUACGUCGCAGUCCUAGUGCUUCUCGCCGCGGCGCGGGCGAUGCCUGCGCUCGAUAAAGAGCCCAAUGAAAUCGGAGUUUUCGGGUCCAUAUUAGGAGUUGUGAAGGAGUGUGUUGACGGAGAUACGUCCUUGUGCAUAAAGGAGAAGACGUUGAAAUAUGUGGAGGCUGUGAACUCCGCGCGGGAGUUGGACCUUGCUGAUGGUGUGGCCAUCCUUAGCAAUGGUUCGCCAAGGUCAGCUAGGGCCUUGGAGCCUCUGUCUGAAGAACCCAAGGCCAGGGAAGCUCAGAUCGAGUCCAGGCUGGUUGACUCAGCUGCUGAUUUCUUGGAGAACCAUGUGAUCCAGUUCAAACUUCCCUCAUCUGCCGUUGAAGGCAUGAAGAGGUCUCUUGAGGAAGCUCGUGGCAAGAAGAAGAAGAUCAAGCAGCUCCUGCCCCUCCUUGCUCUUGCCAAGCUCAAGAUCACCGCCCUCAUCCCUCUGUUCCUCGGUAUCAUCGCCUUCGCUGCUGCCAAGGCUGUCCUCCUUGCCAAGAUCUCUCUCCUGGUCGCUGGUAUCAUUGCUCUGAAGAAGCUUUUGGCAAGCAAACACCAUGAAACCAGCUACGAGGUGGUCGCCCACCCUCACCAUGAGGAGCAUUACGCCAGCAGCGGCCACGGCUGGGGAAGAUCCAUCGAUGAUGGACAGGAUCUAGCCUACGCUGCUCACGUUAAGUCCGAUUAAAGCCCUGGAAUUCCCAAGGAGCUAUUCUAAGUCCAACCCUAAUUUGUAACAUAGUAUGAAACGGAAUGUACUGAGUUUAUUUAUUGUAGUUAUUAAGGCGUAUUUAUUUAAUAUUCUACGAAGAAUUUCCCUUUGUAAGGGAUUUUUACCGAAGACGCGUUUUGUUACUGUUUUCCCAUAAAUGUUGUUCUAAGUUUGUAUGGUCUUCUAUACUGUACUAUAUUAGUAUUUUCCAACCCUAUACGGUAUCCGUAUUUGUGUAUUUUGUUCUUCAAAAUAUUUUUAUUUAACUCUUUUAGUUUUAUCGUCUAGUCCUUUCUUACCUAAGUCUUUAUUUUAUUAUCGUAGACUAUAUUGACUAUGGUUAUAAUGUGUAUGUAUUUGUGAUUUUAUUUUUUUGUGAUAUUAUUAACAUUUAUUUAUUAACUCUUAUUUAUGAUCUUUAAAGUAUAUAUAUUUAUAUAUUUUACAUAGCUGCACUAUAUUCUCCACAUAUCUCACCUAUCUUAUACAUAACUAUAUAACAUAAUCGUAUAAUAACAAGCCCACCUUACAUUUACUCACAAUAUCGUAUAAUAAUCUGUAUCUCAACAUAUACAUGUAUAAUAAUUACUUAUAUUAUUAUGUAUGUGCCAGUAUAUAAGUACAAACAUAUGAUAUGUAUAUGUAUACCAUUGUUUCUACGUACAUAUUGAUACUUCGACUAUUUCUUUAAUGAUUCGUACAAAUAAAGAACUGAAAAUGUUA